AUGGCAACUACAACUGCAACAAGAGAGGAGCUUCCAGUCGAACAACAAAUGUCCAUCCUCUUGCCCAAUUUGCUGGACCAGCAACGGCAGCCGUCACCUGGAGCAACCUCGGAACCUCUCCGCACUCAACCUGCCCCUUCCGCGGAACCCAAAUAUCCAACAGGCUCUAAGUUUUGGUGCACCGUCCUUUCACUAUGUGUGAUUAUGAUUCUAGGUGGCCUAGAUGCCAACAUUGUCGCUACAGCUGUGCCGAGCAUCACCAAUCACUUCCGUACCGUUGCUGAUGUGGGAUGGUACUCAUCUGCAUUUCGACUCUGCACCUGCGCGUUCCAGUUCGGGUUUGCAAAGCUCUAUAAACAUUUCUCGAUCAAGAUCGUCUUCUUAUUCACCAACGUCAUUUUCCUCGUCGGCUCUUUACUCUGUGCCACAGCGACUUCAUCGACUAUGUUCAUUGUAGGGAGAGCGGUAACGGGUCUGGGGUUUUCAGGAGGCUUAGCUGGGUGUUAUGCUGUUAUAACGCAUAUUAUACCACUCAACAAGCGGCCGGUGUUCGCGGGAUUAAUGGCGUGUGUGGAAUCGCUGGCAAUCAUUUCGGCGCCCAUAGUAGGUGGUGCAUUGACGCAGUUUCUGGGGUGGAGGUGGUGUUUCUGGUAA